AUGCGUGCCACCACCUUCCUUAUCAGCACAGCUAGCAUCAUAACCCUGACCUCCUCAACCUGGGCCGCCCAGUACAGCCAGUGCGUAGAGACUUGUCUCACCUCACACCCAAUCCUCUCGUCGUGCGAUGGGGAUGAAGAAGGCCAGGCUCUUGCGGACUGCACCUGCGCCAGUUUCAUUGGCGGAAACCAAGAUCCAAUGAUCAAGUGUAUCAAGGAGUGCCCAACGGCUGAUCAGUCGGAGUAUUCUUCUACUUUGCCUGACGAGUGCCGCGGAGAGCUCUUUCCUGGGGUUGAAGUCUCCAGUACAACGGCAACGAGUGUAUCGGGUGGGCCUGCUUCAUCUGGUACUAGGUCGCCCUCUCGGAAUAGUAGUUCAACGAGCACGACUACUACCAAUGGUGCUAUCGUGAAUACGCCAACCCAGAUCGCACUUAUGGGGGCUGUAUUGGCUGGAUUGUUCGUUUAG